CAGUGCAGGGGGCUGGGACCAACGAUUAACGAAUGGCAUCUGCAUCGCGCAGCGAGACUCCGAGGACCGAAUCAAAGCACCCGAGCCGCGACAGAAGAAAGGCCACCGCGCUAUUGACUUGCACAGUCCUCGUCCUUGGAACGCCGGACUGCAUGUUAGCUACCCUAUGCAGUUUAACCAAGCCGCGCGCCAUCGAUCGCCUGCCUCACUGCUUCACAACCUCAUUUAGCCAAGGAGCUCACAGAAAAAACAGCCCGUGACACGGGCACCGAUCGAGAGCGAAAUGGAACUCCGCCAUUUCCGCUGCUGCGCUUCGCGGCUUCUCCUCCUCGUUACCCUCCUCCUCGGCUUCCGGCGGGCCGGUGCCCAGGACAGCACAAGCUACACCGUCCCCGCGCAGUUCGCCUGUGACGUGUCGUCGCCGUGCGACACGUACGUCGUGUACCGGACGCAGUCCCCUGGCUACCUAGACCUCGGCAGCAUCUCGGACCUCUUCGGCACGAGCCAGGCCCGGAUCGCCAGCGCCAACGGUCUCAGCUCCGAGGACGGCGUGCUGCAGCCUGGCCAGCCGCUGCUCGUGCCCGUCAGGUGCGGCUGCGCGGGCGCCUGGUCCUUCGCCAACGUCACGUACCCCAUCCGGCAGGGCGACACCUUCUACAACCUCGCCAAGGCCUCCUACGAGAACCUCACCGAGUACCACCUCAUCCAGAAUCUGAACCCGGGGUCGGAACCCACCAGUCUACAGAUCGGCCAGGAGGUCACGGUGCCGCUCCUCUGCCGGUGCCCGGCUCGCGCUGAGCGGAGCCGCGGGGUGCAGAGCCUCAUCACCUACAUGUGGCAAGCAGGGGACACCAUGUCCCAGGUGAGCAAGCUCAUGAACGCCACCGUGGACGAGAUCGCCGAGGCGAACAACGUAACCGCCAACACCUCCGCCUCCGCGUCCUUCGUGGGGCAGCCGAUGCUGAUCCCAGUUCGACAGCGGCCGCGGCUUCCGGCUCCGCUCUACGCUGCUGCUGCAGCCGACGGCAAGUCCCGGUCGCGACGUCGGGCUGCCGUCAUAGGCGCCAGCGUCUCGGGGUCCCUCGUCGCGCUCGCCGCCUUGUUCGUCGCGAUCCUGGCGCGCCGGAGGUACCGAAAGAAGCCGUCGAUGCGCCUGGGUUCACGGUUCGCCGUGAACACCAAGCUUUCUUGGUCCAGGAACCAAUUCGGUCAUGACGGCAGCAAUUCCUUCGCCCACGUGAUGAAAGGAGGCAAGCUGCUCACCGGCGUUUCGCAGUUCAUCGACAAGCCCAUCAUCUUCGUGGAAGAGGAAAUCAUGGAGGCCACGAUGAACCUUGACGAGCGGUGCAAGAUCGGCAGCACGUACUACAGGGCGAAGCUCGACGGGGAGGUGUUUGCGGUGAAGCCAGCGAAAGGUGACGUGUCGGCGGAGCUGAAGAUGAUGCAGAUGGUCAACCACGCCAACCUGAUCAAGCUGGCGGGCAUAUCCAUCGGCGCUGACGGGGACUACGCAUUCUUGGUGUACGAGUUCGCCGAGAAGGGCUCGCUCGACAAGUGGCUGUACGAGAAGCCACCGUCCGCGCUGCCAUCGUCGUCGUGCACCGUGGCAACUCUCUCGUGGGGUCAGAGGCUGAGCAUCGCGCUGGACGUCGCGAACGGCCUACUCUACAUGCACGAGCACACGCAGCCGAGCAUGGUGCACGACGACAUCCGCGCGCGGAACAUCCUCCUGACGGCGGAUUUCAGGGCCAAGAUAUCUGGCUUCUCCCUGGCCAAGCCAGCCAUGGUCGACGCCGCCGCGACGAGCUCCGACGUGUUCGCCUUCGGGCUGCUGCUCCUGGAGCUCCUAUCCGGCAGGAGGGCGAUGGAGGCGCGCAUCGGCUCGGAGAUCGGCAUGCUGUGGAGGGAGAUCCGUGGCGUGCUGGAAACCGGCGACAAGAGGGAGGCGAAGCUGAGGAAGUGGAUGGACCCCGCUCUGGGAAGCGAAUACCACAUGGACGUGGCUCUUAGCCUGGCCAGCAUGGCGAGGGCCUGCACCGAGGAGGACGCAGCGCGGCGGCCGAACAUGACCGAGGUCGUGUUCAGCCUCUCCGUGCUGGCGCAGCCGUUGUCAGUGGCCGACGGGUUCGAGAAGCUGUGGCAACCCAGUUCGGAGGACAACAUCCGGAUUGCCGGCUCGGUGGCAGCUCGAUAAAAUGAAAAUACAACUUCGUUUAGCAGAGAAAUUUUGUAAGUAGCUGCUAGUUCCUUGGUUGUGAACUUGCACUGUACGUCUGUACAUUACUUUACUUCACUUUGAGCGCUAAUUUUGCACUGUGUAAGCUAGUUCAUGUUCAACCUAUAGUGUACUACUAGUAUCUCUUUGUCUUUACGUACUAGUUUCCAAACUGAAGAUGACAAAUGGUAAAUGGUGCGAGUUUGUUUGCAAA